AGAAAAAGGAAAGAGAAUUUCCUCCUGCCUUUGCCUUGCAGUUGCAGAGCCUCUCCUGGUCUCUCCUGCUCCUCCUCUCCUACCCUCCUUGCCUCCCACCAAACCCUAAACUAAGCUCCCAAUCCCUCCCAUCUCCAGCCCCAGCCUGCGAGUUCUUGCUCGGAGCAGCCGAGCCGAGCUCAGAACCCCGGGUUUCCAGUUGGAUCCCGGGAGUAUUCGAGUUCUUGGUGGGAGGCCAAGAUAUGGCGGAGGCGGAGGAGCCCAAGGUGGACGGGACGAAAGAGGAGGAGAGGGAGAGGACGGAGGAGGAGGAGGUGGAGGUGAAGUUCAGGCUCUUCGAUGGCUCCGACAUCGGUCCCAUCCGCUGCAACGCCGCCGCUACCACCGUCGCCGCCCUCAAGGACCGGGUCGUCACCGACUGGCCCAAAGAUAAAACAAUUGUUCCAAAGACUGCAAGUGAUGUGAAACUUAUAAGUGGAGGCAAGAUUCUAGAAAAUGACAAGAGCAUUGCACAGUGCAGAGCACCUUUUGGUGAUCUCCCAAGCACUGUUAUCACAAUGCAUGUCGUUGUCCAGCCAUCAUCAACGAAGUCAAAACCAGACAAGAAGUCAAACAAGUUGCCGAAGACCAGUCGCUGCUCUUGUACCAUACUGUGAAGGGUCAAAAUCUACUCAGUUGACAAUAAUUUGUAUGCCCGCCAAGAGAGACGACUGGACAGAAGGAAAAUCCAGCGCCAAAGCCAUGUCCUGUACUAUGUUGUGAGGCGAUAUAUUGUAAUUGUAAGCUAGAUACUACACAAGUCGUUCCCUCUGCCCCUAGGGAAAUAGUUUCUAUGCCGUUCGCUUUGUCAGUUUGUCUGUUUUACCCAACAAAAAAAUGGUGUUUCUAUAUGAUGUACAAGAUACACACAACAUGUAGCAGCUGUUCCGGAGGGAGAAGCUGCUUUUAUUUUAUUACCGUGUCCAGUUGGUUUGAAGGGUUGUUGGGUAACUUCAAAGCUUGACUCAUUCUCACUUGAACUCUGAAUGAUGUUGUGUUUCUUCUA